GAACUGCGGCUAACUUAACUUCUUUUUCGUCAAGUUCUGUCAUCAAUCCUUUCGUCGAGUACUUUUUUGAGGUUGUCUCCACGUUGAGCGAAAUCUCUUCAAAAUGCAGAUCUUUGUGAAGACUCUUACGGGGAAAACCAUCACCUUGGAGGUGGAACCCUCAGAUACCAUUGAAAAUGUGAAAGCAAAGAUUCAGGACAAGGAGGGUAUUCCUCCGGAUCAGCAGCGUCUGAUCUUUGCCGGAAAGCAGCUUGAGGAUGGCCGUACACUCUCGGACUACAAUAUCCAGAAGGAGAGCACCCUGCAUCUCGUGUUGCGUCUCCGUGGUGGCAUCAUCGAGCCAUCGUUGAGGAUUCUGGCCCAGAAGUACAACUGCGACAAGAUGAUCUGUCGCAAGUGCUACGCCCGGCUCCAUCCCAGGGCCACCAAUUGUCGUAAGAAGAAGUGCGGACAUACCAACAAUCUCCGUGCCAAGAAGAAGCUAAAGUAGAGUGGAUGGCUUGGUUGGAGAGGAGGCUUCCGGAAACCGGAUUGCUGUUUCCGAAUGCUCUUGGCUCUUUGUAAUCGAAAAUUCUUGUGGUCAAUAAAAUGACUUCAUCUCAA